UACGAUGAUUUUCGUUUUGUAUUUGUAUUGUUUCGUUAUAAAUUGUAAAAAGAUAAAGUCCUAAAUUAUUUUUUAUCCUUAUAUAUUUUGUAUUCUGGCUAGGUAUAUUUUUAUAUAAAUAUUACAAUUCAAUUUAAAUAUGGCUCUCAACUAUAAAUCUAUGCAAGAUGAUGGUGCCUUUUCUUUUCGAAAUCUGGAAAGAAAUGCUAAGUUGGAAAAAAUGGGACUUAAAAUGCCUUCAUUUAGAAAAACUGGAACUACAAUUGUUGGGGUUACUACUCGUGACUGUGUAAUUUUAGCUGCUGAUACUCGUGCAACUUCCGAUACAAUUGUCAUGGAAAAAAAUUGUGAAAAAAUACAUUAUAUCGGCAAGUACAUGCAUUGCUGUGGUGCUGGGACAGCGGCUGAUACUAUGCAAGUUACACGCAUGGUAUCUGCAAAUGUUUCUUUGCAAGCGUUCAAAUUUCCCGAUGAAAUGGUACCAGUAGUAUUUGCUGCUAGGUCUCUACGUCAAUACCUUUUUAAAUAUAUGGGUUACGUGUCAGCUGCUUUAAUUUUGGGCGGUGUUGAUAACAAAGGAUCACAUUUAUAUUCCAUUUAUCCUCAUGGAUCAAUUGACAAACUGCCUUAUAUAUCCAUGGGUUCUGGAAGUAUGGCAGCUAUAUCAAUGUUAGAAAGCUAUUGGAAUGAAAACCUAACUGAAGAGGAAGGAAUGAAACUUGCCUGUGAUGCUAUACUAGCUGGUAUAUUUAAUGAUCUUGGUUCAGGAAGCAAUGUAGAUUUAUGUGUUAUCAAGAAAGACGGAACACGUAUGUUAAGAAACUAUUUGACUCCCAACAAAAAACCAGAAACAGCUACAUAUAAAUAUCCAGCCGGUUUAACAAAAGUCUUAUGCAGAAAUGAAAUUAAGUUUGAUGUCACAGAAGAAACUAUCAUGGAAGUGGAUGCUUAAACAUUUUAAUAUAUACUUUAUUUUUUUUUUUUUCGUUUUGUAUUAAGACUAAUUAUAAUUAUUUUCAUUAUUUCCAAUAUAACAUAAUUUUUUGUCUUGGAUUUUGUGGUUAAAGAAUAUCGUUUUUUUAUUUAUACAAAAUAGUUUAAUAGAACAUUGAAAUUAAAUUAUAAUUAUUAUCAGAA